AACGCUGAUCGGCCGCUGCUGGGCCCAUUUUAAAAACCCUUGUAACCUUUCUUUUUUAUCCGCUUGGUUUUCAGACAGCACCUCCCUUACCUCGCCAUGGCUCUGUGUGGGGGUGUCGGAGCCAUGGCUUUGCCCAGCGAGCUUAUCGUCCAUAUAUUCUCCUUUCUGUCCGACCGAGACAAGCUCCGGGCCUCGGCCGUGUGCUGUCGCUGGAGGGAGUGUCUCUUCUACCCGGCGCUGUGGACCGAGCUCAAGCUGCGGAUAGGCGGCGGCGGGCGGCUCGGCGGCGGAAGCGGCGGCUCCGGUUCCGAGGAGAACCCGAGGCUGGAGUUCCUCAUGCGGAAGUUCGGUUCUUUCGUGCGGGAGCUGCAGCUGGAACUCGCCCCGGUUGAAGGCUACCUCAGCCCCCUGAGCAACGACCCGCCGACCACCAGGAUGGACCAGCCGAGCCGUCCGGACGGCGACCCGCAGCUGUCCGAGCGAUGGAGGGACGCCAUGGCCACCUACUUGGACCAGGUGCUGUGUGUGGUCACCAGCAUCCGCAACAACAGAAACCUGAAAAAGCUGACUUUGUAUGGCGACACCUGUAUUCUCCAGCAAGAGGGACUUUUAGACAGCUCAAACUUGCACCAGAUCUACCAGGGAGACAAAAAGAUCAACGAAAUCCAGCAGUUGUUCAUGGAGUUGCUGUCCAACAGCCGGCAGCUGAGAUGGUUGUCCUGCAGCUUCAUGCUGGGUCUGGUGACUCCCUGCUCCUUAGCCUGCCUGUCUAAUCCUUCAGCUGAGACCCUGCGGCACCUCAGUUUACUGGACCACCAGCUAGGCCCCCUCAUCUCACCAUCAGAGUUAGAUCGGCUCUCUAAUCUUAAUUCUUUGGCGCUGGAUUUCUCUGACUUGACAUCUGAGCUUUGUGGUCUUCUGGCGUCUCCAAGCCGUACUCCACUGCAUCGCCUCUCCCUGCUGCUCAAUGGCGCCGCCCUGGAGUUCAAAUCGUUAGAGGGGACCGCUACAGAGGACGAUUGGAAGGCACUGGUCCGUGUGAGUGCCAACCUACGAGUCUACAUCAUGGCCCUAGAGGUCGACAGCUCGGAACUCCUUAGGGUCCUAAAACCAAGCCUUCCUCUGGUGCGCCUCCACCUCGACAGUUACAGCACACUGGUGACUGAUGGCACAUUGGAGCUCAUCUCUCAGCAGUACAACAAAACGCUGACUCACUUCCUGCUCUUGAGGGAUGACCCUGACUUCCCUGACCUCAGCAUCAAUCGCAACGAAGACCCACUGGUCCUUUUAGCAUGGAGAUGUAGUCAGCUGGCUGUACUGGUGAUACAUGGUUACACUGUCUGGUCCCAUAACUUGGUGGCCAUCUCUCGGCUACGAGGUUCCAGUCUUCGCAUCCUGACCGUCUCUGAGGAGAGCAUCGACUUUGACCCCGACCAGUCGGUGUGCAUUGAAGGCGACCCGGUCCACAACCUGGUCAAGGAGGUCUCGCUGGGCCUCGGCCGCGUCUGGCACCCUUGCUUGGAUUCUAGCCUGGUUCUGUCCGAACCCACCCAGCAAUUCCACCGUGAGCUGCAGGCUUUCAGCUUGGGCAUGUAGGCAAGGGGGCAACUCCAACACAUCUUAGAUUAAUCUGUUGUCAAGACCAGACCAGACCCACCAGGUCCAGCUCAGCUCAGACCUCUGAACCAGGCAAAGAGCAGACCCCCCGUGAGAAAACUAAACCUAAUCUAUAAAGUUUAUUCUUGUGAAUUGAUGUGAACUGAUUGUGUUUAUUUUAAUUUUCGUGUUUAAUUCACAGGGGUUUUAGCACACAAACAUUUAUUACCAUUCCCAGCAGAUUUCAUAGUCCUCCACUGGCAUAGUAUUUACUGCAUAAAUUAUCCAAUUAAGAAUGUCCAAAUAAAACUGGAUAUUAUAAUUGGCAUUUAAUCCUCUAACCAAUGGCCAGUCUUGAGUAGUGACAAUUUUUAAUGUGUCUGCUAAAAGGUCAUCCUGCUGCUUCACAUGCCCUGAUGUCUGGCCCAGGCUGGUCUGGUCUUGUCCACAAGUAUUCAAAGCUCAAUGUCCCUCCUUCACCUUGAAAACCUGCAGAGCCUCUGUAUAAUGUAAUUUUUUCUUCCUCCAUUUAACUGUUUCCAUCUCUCCCUGUGCUCUGUAUAAUCUUAUUUUUCCUCUGUGAUGGUUCCCUUGCCUGUAUAGGCUUUGUAUGAAUUUCAUCCAGAUAUAUAAUCAUCCUGCUCACAGAUAGAACGAGUGAUGGAGCAAGAUGAUUUGAGGAGGAAGUGUGUAUGCAGACACAUACUACUAGCUUAAGUUGUGAAACUAUUUUUCUUUUCUUUUUUUUCUAACCAUUUGCUCUGUGUCGGUCUGUCUGCUCCACUCCAGCAAAACCUGGAGUUUGUAAACGAAAUGAUCGAUCACUUCCUGGGUAAUGCAGCCUUCACUAAAGUACUGUCGAUCUGAAAGCACCAUAUGCGCGUGUCCACUAGUAUGAGAGCCUUGCCAGCAGGGUGGGAAUCUCCAUCGCAAAAUGGCGGACUGAGGUUGGUGCUAGUCAGUUUUAAUGCAGUUUUCAGCAACAGCGAUGUCAGUGCCAUGAGUCAGGCUACAUCCACAUUCAUACGUUGUCCAUCAACUCUGCUAUUUAUACGCCUGGCGUCCAGACUACUCUUGAGCUUUAGACGCUGCUGGCCGCGUUUUAGUUUGAAAACUCUGGGGCCACAUUUUAGUCUGGAUGAUCAAAACAGAGUUUUCGAACAAAAUGUAAUAGUAUGGAUGUAGCCUCAGAUCAUUUCAACGCGAGUGGCAUUUCAAAGCUUAAUGGUUUUAUUGGGGUAUUGAGCGCCUUAGUGAUGGUGUUAUGGAGAGAGAUUGUUACACACUUGCCGCCAACACACUUCUUACCCAGCUCACUUGUUGACCCUAAGGGUCAAUUUCACCAGUCGACGGAAAGGGAGCCUCGUCCUUUGACUGACAUUCAGGGCCAAAAUAUGAAAAUUCAGCCUGUUACAAGACAACAUACCCCAACUGUGUUUUGUUUUGACCUGUAGCGAGCUGCUAGUAAAUCGUUACUUUUUUUUAUAUAUAUAUAUAUUCACUGUAAUUAUGGCUGCCUUUGCUUUCCUCUAGAGGUCCAAACUUUCCAACUUGUGUCACUGGUUUCACUAUAGCCCCUUUGUAUGUCAAAUCCAAGAAAUGAACAGGAGUUUGUGUCAAAAUGUGAAGUGCUCUGGGGUUAAAACCAUCUCAAAGCAGGUCUUUAACAUUCCAUAGAGGAAAUAGGACUACUCUCAUAGGCCAUGCUAAAACAACACCAGUAUUCUGUAUGCACCGCUUCCUAUGGUGGUGAAUGCCAGCAGCACUGUAGGUAGGAACCAGUUCUCCUGGAGGAAAACAUUUCAUGAUUAAGAACAGGGAAAAGAAAAGGCACUGAAUGUAACUUUACUCUCAUUCCGUUGGCCAGUUGUUUUUUAAUUUUAUUUGAGGCGAAGUGUGUAGUUAUAUUUGCAGCAAAAAAGAAUUUCUCGCCACAACAGUUGGGGGUUGUUGAAUAAGUGAGGUUGGACAUUGUAGGUUCCACUUACAGCCAAGACUGCAUUCUUCACUUUUUUAGAAAAAAAGGCACCUACAGCACAAUGUGGUUUUGGGUUGUUUGUUGCGAAACGUAUUCUCUGUCAGUCUCAGGUAGGCUUUUAACAUCACCAUGACCACGGCCUCAGUGGUGGUGGUGAUGUUGUCGCAUGGGGUGUGUGAAACAAUCAGUUGAGUUAAUGUGAGAAAUAUUCCUUUUUUUUUUUUUCUUAUUUCUUCUUGAGUCACAGUUGCCUUGGAAACAGCCCCUCGUUUUCUGGAUCCAGUUGUUGUUGUUAUUGAUGAUCUUGUUUAUCUGCCAUCUGAUGAACCCUCACUCCGCCUCGGCCGGAGGGUCAACAAACCUAAUCAUACAUUUGUUUUAAAAGAUUAAGGUUGAUAAAGACUAAAGAAUGGCAAAACCAAUCUUGCUCAUUGCACGUUUUAUAUCUCCAGUAGAUGAUGGGGGGGACAAAGAGAGAGGGAGUCCAUCCUGUCGAUAGAAGCCCUGCUGGGCCCAGUUACUGUCUACCUGUUUAAAAUCACUGAGUGGAUGCCUUUUGAUCUAAUAAUGAAAUGAAUAUUGUUCAGGCUCAGUGGAAGUGCUAGCGCGCCAUGAUCAUGAGUUAAGCCAGGCAAUGUUGACAGAACAUCUUGUGCUAUGGAGAGAUGUGGAGUUUCAGUGUCACCUGUGAUUGACUGGGCCCUGAUCUGAUGCCUCAGUGUUGGGAUAGCUGUGGUCCACCGGUGUGUUACGAAGGCAUUCUUGGGCUGAGUUGGUAUUUUAACAGUAAAGUUGGAUUGAGCCAUUGGGCACCUACCUUUCAUGAGUAGCUGCUUUUUAGAAAAGUUACCAUCUCAAAUGUCUACAGCACAGUUCAGUCUGAGGUCGAGGCAUUGGCAUCGCAUGUCUGUGAAGGUCCAUAUCGUGGUCGAUAGUUUACAAGGCUGGCUUUUCCGUGGACUGAUGUGUAACCAGAGUUUCACAGCAUGGCAGCACCUUGCAGGUUCAGGAUGAAACGCACCUUGUUAUGGGCUACCAAAUGUUUGGGCGUCCGUUAUGGGACCUUGAUGGUUCAGCCGUGAUAAUCUCUCUCGUCCUUGGUCCAUAUCUCAGGAUGAAUGCACUUUGGUACCAAGAGUUUCUUUUAAAGGCUGUCUGUGACUUUGUGUGUAGAGCUGUACAUUCAGAAGGGAGAGCAACACCAACAUGAAGACAUUCAAAUAUAUUGGGUUUUUAUCUCAUCUUGCUCCUCCCUUCGGCCAUUGUUUUCCCCUCAUCCUCAUUUUAUAGCUCGAGUUUAUUGCUUUAUGUUGUUUAUUGUCGUGAGCUGAUGAUAACUGAAAUCACAGCAGUUUUAUGGUAGCAUGUAAUGUCAAGCUAGACAGUUCAGCAAAAUACAUAGACCUUUACAAACCGAUAUUAACAAGCUGGUUUUACAGGCUCCACCCCUAUUUGCCGUGUGUACCCGCCUUUGUUGGCUGUCUUCUUAUGUCUCUGCAUAUUAUUGGCUCCUCACAAGAAGUCAGAUAUCACUGUUUGAGCCCCUAUGACCGUGUUUCUACCCAGAAUAAAAUGAGGGGCUGUGGUUUUACCAGAUUCUGCUAGAGUGGAUUAAAAGUUUCAUCUCCUUUAUAAUAUUUUCAUUGAAGAAUGUAUUAAAAUGAAUUGUCUUCUUAUCAUGGUCACUUCCCAUAUGGAAGCAUUAUUUAUCAAAAAUUGAUGGUUAGCUAUUUGUGAUAUAGAAAUAUUUUAAGAACCUUCAGGCCACAGAAUGCAGAGGAGUAAAAGAAAGAUAAAGUAGAUGAUUGCAGAAUAAUGUCUAUUUUUUUAUAUAUAUUGCUUCUAUUAGUUUGGUUCUUCACCAAAACACCAAACGUUUCGUGAGAUGAUGAGGAAAUAAUGCUGUUCAGAGAAAGAAGAGUUGAGACCACAGGCAAAUGACUUUAAGGUUUAAAACAUUAGGAGAGGAAUCUGCAUAGCAUGUUGAAAAAUACUGCCAGUGGAAAAACAACCUGUCCCUGAUCCCUUUGUGUCAUCGCUAAUCACUAUACGUUGAGCCAUGUUGUGCCUGAAAGCUUCUGGAGUUUCUCUUUGCUCUUCCCAAGUUACUGGCUUUGUGUUGUGUAUUAGUUGUUGCUGUGAUUUGUUAGUCCACUCUUUAGGGAGGCAGCGUUACAGUAGCUAGAGCUUUCAGCACACGCGUAUACAUUUUUCUCAGAGUGUGCCUGGAUUUUUUUGUGCAAGAUUUCAUGUGAAAAGUAUAUCCAGUAGAAAAUGUGCAAAUACAAUGUUUUGAAUGUGUAUGUGAAGAAGAUAUCAGCAGUGUAGCCGUUGUAUGUUUUCUGCGUUCGUGUGUGUGUGUGUGUGUAUAUUUAACGGGUGAGGGUUUUGGCUUGCUCGUGUCCAGCAGCACAGUCUUAUCACUUCUACUGCAACAGGAAACAGGAACUGAAAUCGUUUCGUUCUCAGGGUACAAUCGGUUUUCAAAGCGUGUAAGAGGACGGAAAAUACCAAUAGCUCAGGGCGCUAACUCGCUCAUUUGAAUAUUAGGAGUCACUGGAUCUGUUCUCCUCUCCUAGAUGUGUUUUAAGCUGCCAAAGACCACAGUGGAACAAACUUAACCCAGACACAAGUCUAACUGAAGUGCCCGCACACACACACUGGCAGGAGGCUGGUCCAGUAUUCUAUUCCUAACCUUCUUUUUCUCUUUACUCCUUGUGGUUCCACUCCUCUCUUGAGCCGUUUUGGAGGAUGUCAUCACAAUUGGAAGAGGACUUUCUCCGGAGGUUGCCUUUCACACAUGAACAGCGCAGCAGGAGAUUCUCCGCUUAGACGCGCUCACAACAAAACAGAAAUCUUCAUAGCGUUCAGGUGAGAUGUGGUGCAGGAAGGGGCAGAACAUAAUGUAGGAAUUCUACUGCUGAGAUCAUAUUUUCGUUUACAGCACAUUGACUUUAGCGUAGGCCCUUAAACCAAAAGCUCUUUUGAUGUCUUUGUCUGCCUCUUCUAAGUGUAUGGCGCCGCUUUUCAUCCUGAGAUAUUUGUAUUCGUUUUGGUGUUUCUCUUACUCGGUGGCGUGUCAUCAAUACGCCCACUCAAUCACGGUGAAUCCUGCGGAGAAUCUCCUUCUGUGAUCUCGUAAUGGCUUAUUCAGACUUCCUCCAGAGCUUUUACUAGAGGGCUGACCUAAGAAACUCUGCAGCCUCUCAUUUGCCUUCUCAUUUACAGCCCCUCCGGAGAAUGUCAGGAGGUUAUUCAAAGUUCAAUGCACGUCAGAAAGCAGCUUGUGUUUCCUCCUGACUACGACCACUCUGUUUUUGUUUGUCCAAACACUGGCCUUGAUGUAAUAUGGAGACAACUGUGCUGGACUGGAUGAAUCGUCAAGAGUCCUUGUAGAUCAAGUCCAAAGCAGACCUGUGCACAAAGGCCUGGCUAAUCUGUCGUGGCUGUAUUGAAUUACAUAUAUAUCCAACAUAUGUUAUUUAAUAUGGGUUUGCAGAAUUGUCGCACAUCAUGAAUGCCACUCAGGAUAUACAUUGCAUGUUGCCGUAGGAUCGCAAAGAAGGUACAGUGCAGUACAGUUCUGCUGCUGUGUGCUCUCUUCCAUAUUUCCUCCCCCCUUUGUCUUUUCUCCAUCACCUGUUCAACUGUGAGGAGUGAGUGAAUGUAAAACUAAAGGCGAGGAGGACGAGAAGUUGAGAUCUAUCUCCCAACACAUCAGGGACCAAACACUCUCCUGGGUUUCAGGACAAAGGCCCCUGUGCUUGAUGUUUAUGUAUUGUUUCCUGCAAGCCCGUGGCCAGGGUCAGACUUGAUGGAAAACAUUUAGUCCUGAGCUGUUGGAGCUGUAAAAAAAAUGCUGCUAGAGAUCUGCUAAUAAGAGGACAUUCCACAUAGGGGGUUGCUCAGGCCAUCUGACUAGCAAACAGUCUACUACAAGAAAAUGAAACCCUCUCUAUUUUUUUAUAUUUAUUUUCGAAUGGUGUGAUUUUGAAGGGAUCAAAGGUGCAGCUAGUACUGACAGUCACAGCAGAUCACCAGCUGGUCUGAGCAGAGCAGAGGUGUGAUACCAUUUCGAAAGGGGUUGAUAUAAAGUGUCACCAUUUCAACGGUCAACUGUGUUUCUAACAUGCGUUCCUGCAAUGCCAAGCUUUGCUUUCACUCGAUGCUUCGAUGCGUCCCGAGGCCAUUUAAGGGCCUUUUGUGUCGGGUACACAAAAGGUCACAAGUGAAAGCACGCCACACUGACUGUGCUAUAUAUAAAGUUGAGUUACUCUUUCCGUGAAAUCAGUUGCUUUCACUCGUUGAAUCAAUCUUCCAGUUAAUGAACGUCACAACCCGGGAAGCUGAGCUCAGUCUGCGUAUUUAGCACAAAUACGUGCAGACGUCAAUGUAAAUGUUCACGAUGGAUACAAAAGGGCACCUGGCGUCUGGGCGGGACUUAUUGUCACACAGUAUGCAGACAGGGGUUUGUGUAUGACAAUGUUAUAAUCUGUAAACACAGACUGACACACAGUGAAUUUUUGAAUGAGUUCUUCCAUGAAAGUGACAGGUAGAAGACUUCAGAGCAGAGACAGGGUUUCAGUUAUUCAGGAGACAAUUACCAGCAGUUAGUGUACAUGCAUGUGGUGCAGCCAGGUCGAAAUGCCCCUUUUGAGUUGUUUAUAUCCUUCUUUUUAUUUUGCUAUGUUUUUUGUGCUGUUUAUAUGCAUUCAUAGAGAAUAUCCUGGAAGAUAGCAGGGCCCCACUGUUGCCUGGUGGGAAUUUGAAUCCACAGAGCUGGCCUCUUAAUGUCAUCCAUCUGAGACAGUUGGUGUUGACAGCUUAUUAAAACUCAGUGUCAUUAUCAGAAGAUCUACAGGGAUCUGGGUUUGUCUGUCCGACCAGGCCCUAAGACAAACAGCAGAGUUUGAAACGUUUGUGCUUAUACUCAACAACCAAUACUAAUCUCACUUACAUGGCCAGAAGUGUGACUGUGUGUGUUUAGUACCAAAGCAGCAGACUGUGUUAGAUCUGCAUCAGUCUAUACACAGGCUCAGAGCCACAGACACGCAGAUCAGAGAUGACCAGUUUCAUUUCCACUUGAAUCACUGCUCAGACUCAACUGGAGAGGUUGUGAUUUUGACUCUCAGGAUGUUGAUGAAAGUAAAGCUGAAAAUAGCAGUAGAAAAGAGGUAGUAAGAUGUUUAUGGGCCUAAAACCUUCCCCGAAUAAGAUUCAGGGAAGAGGUAAACGUUUGUGAAAGGGUUAACAUGAUGAGACAGGGUUUCCUCAUCGCAAUGUGAGUUUUAAGACUCUUCCUGUCUCGUAAUUAUGGAAAGGCUAAGAUCAUAGACUACUACCAGUAACAUGCAAGACGUUGAAUGAGCUCACAUAGGGCUGGACUCAGGCGGGAAUGUGAAGAAUCUGAUAAACAUCCUGAUAUAUGUUUCUGUUACUUGGAGAAAAACACUGGAUGUGCAUCACACUGGUAUGAAAUCAGUCCUGUGUAACAACAGAUAGAGAUAUAUAGAUGUGUAUGAGGCGAGUUUAUGACCUCAGUGAAAGGGAGGUUCUGCCAUCAGCAGCAGGCCACACUGAGACCUUUUAGAGGAAGUUCUUAUUCUCCUGUUUUCAGGUUUUGCCAUAGCUUUAGAUCUCAGCGGCUCUGAUGUUUCUGGCGAGUAAACAAAGUCUUUCUUGUCGAGUCUGGAGAGCCAAACCUCCUAAUUCGCCAGGCAGGCCUGCUGCCCAGUCCAGCCUCACAACUAUGCAAGAGGAAUGCAUAUAAUCCACACUCUUUUUGUUUUUGUUUAGUUUUUCUUUCUCUCACUGUCACGCAGAAGAAAUUAAAAUGUUUCAACUAAUAAGAACUUGCAAUGACAAUACUUGGCCUUAUGAUUUGUGAAAUCUUAUCAUUUUGUUUUAAGAUCUUUUUGAUUCUGGUCAGCCAGCCCAGCGACAGCAUCGGUGACGGCGGGCUCACUCUUGGUCUCUGUGAGACUGACUAGAUGGCCCCAGUUUUAUCGUGGUACGAAUGUUGUGCAUUUGUUUAAAAUCAGGACAGUUUGCAAUAACAGCAGUCUUACUAGUGGCCACAAAGGGGCACAAGCAGUGCUGACAGCGCCCGGCUGCGUCUUUAGAAAACCAUAGAGGAAGAAAUAUAAACUAUAUAAAUAGAUAUAUAAACUCACAUAGUGCAUAUUUGUAUAGGUAUCAACAAUGCAUUACCGUGGUAUACUAUUAUGCAACACAUGUCCGGGUUCAAUUUAUGAACGUGAAGUAUGUUAUUGAAAUCACGCAGACUUUGUAAAUCAGAAGCUAUGUUGUUGUGUGUGUUUUGCAAAAAUGGUUUUACCAUCCUUAAUGUUGAAUAUUCAGAGCGCUGUGUUCCUGUGUUACUGUUUGUUCAAGUGAGCACAUAGCAACAGGUUUUACUUUUUCUGUAAGCGGGGAGCCAGACGUAACCCAAAAUACAGCUGGACCAGAUUUCAUAAACCACGGAGCAUACGUCAAAUACCUUUUUUAUUAUUGUUCUAAAACCUACAAAUCGGAUCUGUGCACAGCUUUUAAACCGUAUAGAGUCUAGUUUCUAACUCACCUCUGCAUGGUUCAAGCAGAACUAGAUGGGCUCCCACUUGAUUGGUUCCUCAGCAGCAUGGAUUAGCAUGACUUGUUAUGACCAAGAAAUGAGGAGUUCCACCACAACUAAAGUCCUUUUUAAAAAAACAUUUUAGUCGUGAACCUGAAUCAAAGACUGAAGUCUUAUAAUAAAAGUCUGAUUUGAAAUCUUCCCAGCUGUUUAUUGGAUUAGUCUGCAGGAGAAGAUUUUAUCAGUGAGAACAGUGUUGAUCCAUGGUUCUGUUGUAGAGUAAAAGAGGACGUUUUACAAACCUCUGUGUAAACCUCUUAACUGGCAGGUGGCGAACACUUGUGGGGUCAACUUGCUGAACGGUGAUUUGAAUCAAUGUUGAAUGAAUGCUUAUCUUCUUUUAGUCAGUGAAUAAAAGCAUUAAAAAGUAA